UUGUGACUCGUGCAUGUGAAAGGUCACCCACACGGUGUCCACAGCGACGGUGACCCUUGCGAGGACAAUGGCUCUUUAUUUUCCAGAUCAGACGCUCUCCUGUACUUGGAUUGGAUCAAAAGCAGGCCUGUGGCCAGUGGAAGUUUCAGGUUAUUUCACUCCGCGUCCUUCUGUCCACUUCAGCUGCCAUUAAAGGCACUAGCGUUCCCUUUUUCUUUCUCUGUUGCUGGUCAUCUUCUGCUUUUGUAGCCUUUAAUUCUUCUCUAGUGAUUGGCCGUUUAGUGUCACCCUUUUGUUGCGUCUACAUUGCCCGCGAUGCUACCCGCCAAAGCUUAUGUUUUCAUCAGUCUUAAUGCUGUCCGCGCUGUCAGCAUUAUCGCCCUUCUUUUAGUUUUUUCCAGCAGCAUCCUGGUGAUGGUUGAUGAUAUCGAGGCAGUCAAUGCAUUUGUCAAUGGCGGGAGUAACUCAAACUCCACAACUAACUAUGACUACAUCCAAAAUAGUACAGUUCCUAAUCAGCCAGCUGGCGUGUUCUGGGCAGUAUUGAAUCGGCUGUUGAUCAUUGUACAGACCGUCGUCUUGAUUCUUUCAGAACUAGGUUGGCCUGCCGCGUUCUUUGAUCACUACUUCCCCGUUCUCGGGAGCAACUUUGGAGUAGGUGCUCUGGGAGUGAUGCAAUGUCUCAUCGGAGCUUCUGUUCUUUCUCACUUUGUCAAAGUCUUCCCCCUCGUCUCUGGUUUCUUCCUGUUUUCUAUUGGCUGUCUCAACAUUUUGAUCGGCCUUAUCUUCCGAGAACAUGUCAAGUCUACGCGUUCCAUAUUGUCUUUCCGGGACCGAGCAGAGGAUGUGUUGUCAUCGUUCGAUAAAAUUAAGGAAACACCGUUCAGCAAGUAUAGGACGGAUCGAGACGCAGAGAUGGGCCUGAGCGUCAAAGAACCGGAUGCUGCGCACACUCACACUUAGCUGUGUUAUUGAUGCCGUCAUUCCCCAAUUCCCGCCAGUUUUUAAUACAAGUGAUCAAUGUCCGAUGUGCUCUUUGGUACUAGAAAUGUAUUUUCUUUGUCUAUCUGUACGGCUUGCACUGAACUGUGAAUCUAUGCCUGUCCACCCCGGUGGCAGAGUACGAGUUA